AUGUACAAGUGCCCACAUCUCCAUGUCACACAAUGCUCUCCUCCAACCCAAUGCCAUAGUCUCCCCCAAACUCUCCACAAUCUAUCCCCUCAAGCCGCCUCCACACCCCCAAACCCACCCGUACUCCCAAACCCCCCCGCGCCCCUCACACUCUCCUCCAACUUGUCCACCACCACCACCUCGGGCAUCACAAUCCGCUCGACAAUCAACUGCGCAAUGCGAUCGCCCACCUUGACCUCGAAGUCGUCGUCGGACAGGUUGGCGAGGAUGACGCCGACGGGGCCGCGGUAG